AUGAUUUUUUAUUCAAUUUUAAGUGACCACGAACGGCUUCUUCAAUACCUACGAGAUCUAAAAAUAAUAGAUGGUAUCAGAAACUGUCAACAAUGCUCCAAAACGAUGAAAUUAUCGAAGAAUCAUGCAAAAGUGGAUAAACAGGAAUGGCGAUGUGACUACUGCCUACGUGUAGAGUCGAUCAGAAUAAAUUCAAUUUUUGAGAAGUCAAAAUUGUCCUUAAGAAUGCAGAUGGAGAUUCUAUACUUCUUUGCCACGGACAUUCAAGUAUUCGAAGUGGAGAAAUUCACGGAUAUAAGUCACGUUACUGUCAUUGAAUGGUACAAAAAACUUAGACAACUUUGUAAACUAUUCCUAGAAAAAGAUCCAAUUUCACUAGGAAAUGCAGAGGGCAGCGUAGUGGAGAUAGACGAGAGUCUCUUUGGGAAAAAAAAAGGAAAUAUAAUAAAGGGACCGGCAAACAGGACACAUGGGUUUUCGGUAUGAAGGAGAAAGGGACACGAAAAGUACUCUUCCAAAUAGUGGAAAAAAGAAAUAAAGAAACAUUGAUACCAAUCGUUAAAACUUCGGUUACGGAAGGAUGUACAAUUUACUCGGACUGUUGGAAAGCGUAUUACUCACUGGAAAAGGAAGGAUAUAACCAUACAACCGUCAAUCACAGUAAACAGUUCAAAUCGGAAGACGGAACAUGCACUAAUGGAAUAGAAGGUGUAUGGGGUCUAGUUAAACUCAAAAUCAAAUCAAUGAAAGGAAUCCUACACGAUAAAAUUGACUCCAUACUGCAAGAAUUUUCGUACCGCCACAGGUACGGCAUGCCUAAUGGAGAUAUUUACCAUAUCCUUAUGAAUGAUAUCUCAAAACUCAAUUACGAACAAUUAUAAAUACAAAUAAAAUUCAGAACAUGACAACACUAUCAGUCAUAUUUUCAUCCUGUCGGCCUGUUGGGGAUCAUCUGGCUCAUCUUGUCAAAGUGUAAACCUGUCAACCUGUCGACCUGUCAACCUGUCGACCUGUCAACCUGUCAACCUGUCGACCUGUCAACCUGUCGACCUGUCGACCUGUCAACCUGUCGACCUGUCAACCCGUCAACCUGACCACACAAUCAGUCAUAUUUUCAUCCUAUCGGCCUGUCGUGGAUCAUCUUGUCUACCUGUCUACCUGUCAACCUGUCGACCUGUCAACCUGUCAACCUGUCGACCUGUCAACCUGUCGACAUGUCAACCUGUCAACCUGUCGACCUGUCAACCCGUCAACCUGACAACACAAUCAGUCAUAUUUUCAUCCUAUCGGCCUGUCGUGGAUCAUCUUGUCUACCUGUCUACCUGUCAACCUGUCGACCUGUCAACCUGUCGACCUGUCAACCCGUCAACUUGACAACACAAUCAGUCAUAUUUUCAUCCUAUCGGCCUGUCGUGGAUCAUCUUGUCUACCUGUCUACCUGUCAACCUGUCGACCUGUCAACCUGUCAACACAAUCAGUCAUAUUUUCAUCCUAUCGGCCUGUCGGGGAUCAUCUUGUCGACCUGUCGACCUGUCAACCUGUCGACCUGUCAACCUGUCAACCUGUCGACCUAUUAUAAAUCAAUGGGAUGAGUUCUAAAUAAAGAACAAGAUAAAAUAGUUCCGUUCUCAACAUUAGAAAUGUAGAAAUAUAAUAUUUAUACAUGGGCUGAGUUCUAAAUAAAGAACAAGAUAAAAUAGUUUCGCUCUCACCACUAGAAAUGUAGUUAUAUAUUAUUAAUUAUUUAGUAAACACGCAUUAGUACUUUAAAGCGUAUUAAUACAAAAUUAAAUAACGAGACUACUUUUUGCUUAUACUAUACU